AUCCGAAGCGAGACGCCGUGAACAGCGACGCCAUCUCAGCGCCGCCAACGUCCCCGUUACCACCGUCAGCUCGGUCCAGCCUCGCCGGGGCCACUCAACCAGGAACGCUGGAAGCACCCGGAGAACCGCGCAUAUCUACGCGGCAUGGAUGCUUCGUGACCCGCGGCAGGUGUGAAGAGAUGCCGGGGGAGCAGCCGGCGGGAACCGGACGGGUGGUGCUCGUCAAGAAGAUCAUCAUGAAGGAUGAAGCUGCGCUCCAGCAGGGCAUCGGCAGGCCCAGUGUGUACCACGCCGUGGUGGUGAUCUUCCUGGAGUUCUUCGCUUGGGGAUUACUCACCACUCCCAUGCUCACUGUUUUACAUGAGACCUUUCCCCAGCACACGUUCCUGAUGAACGGCCUCAUUCAGGGCGUGAAGGGUCUGCUGUCCUUCAUGUCUGCUCCUCUGAUCGGCGCGUUGUCGGACGUGUGGGGCCGGCGGACCUUCCUCCUGGUCACCGUCUUCUUCACCUGCGCUCCGAUCCCGCUGAUGAGGCUCAGCCCCUGGUGGUACUUCGCCAUGAUCUCCAUGUCCGGAGCUUUCUCCGUCACCUUCUCCGUGAUCUUCGCCUACGUGGCCGAUGUGACGGACGAAAGAGAGCGGAGCACAGCCUACGGUCUGGUGUCAGCUACUUUCGCGGCCAGCCUGGUGACGAGUCCGGCCAUCGGGGCCUACCUGUCGGCCUGGUACGGAGACAACCUGGUGGUGCUGGUGGCCACGCUGGUGGCCCUGGCCGACAUCUGCUUCAUCCUACUGGCCGUGCCCGAGUCUCUGCCAGACAAGAUGAGGCUCAACACCUGGGGGGCGCCCAUAUCCUGGGAGCAGGCCGAUCCCUUCACUUCUCUGAGGAAAGUGGGUCAGGACCCGACGGUCCUCCUGAUCUGCAUAACCGUGUUCCUGUCCUACCUGCCGGAGGCCGGCCAGUACUCCAGCUUCUUCCUCUACCUGAGACAGAUCAUAAAUUUCUCCUCCACAACCAUCGCUGUGUUUAUUGGAGUGGUGGGGAUUCUGUCCAUCGUUGCCCAGACUCUGGUCCUCACGCUGCUGAUGAGGACUCUGGGUAAUAAAAACACCGUUCUGUUGGGUUUGGGCUUCCAGAUCCUUCAGCUAGCCUGGUACGGCUUAGGAUCAGAGCCAUGGAUGAUGUGGGCAGCUGGUGCUGUAGCAGCAAUGUCCUCUAUCACCUUCCCGGCUGUCUCUGCUCUGGUGUCACAGUCUGCUGAUUCCGAUAAACAAGGUGUGGUCCAGGGGAUGAUCACAGGGAUCCGGGGUCUGUGUAACGGUCUUGGUCCAGCUUUGUAUGGAUUCAUCUUCUUCCUCUUCAAUGUGGAGCUCAACACCCUGGACCCCAUCCAGGGAGAAUUCAACGUGGACCCCCUUCCUGUGCAAAGUCCCGCUGAGCGAGGCCUCAUACCCGGCCCGCCGUUCCUGUUGGGGGCGUGCAGCGUAGUCGUGGCCUUUGUUGUCGCACUCUUCAUCCCUGAGAAACCGCCGCGCUCCUCCUCGGCCUCCCAGCUGUCCCUCGGCGACAAGCCCCAGCUGGACAGCAAGGAGUCCAUGUCCUCGCUGGCCGGCGUCCACAUCAACACGCCCCUCCCGGGCAGCGACGAGGAGGCUCCGCCCGCCGCCAGCGACGGGGACUUUGAGCCGCUGCUGCACGACAGCGUCGUUUGACGGAGGGCGGGGCCUCCAUCGCAGCUCCACUGAUUGACACAUUUUCUUUGCUGCAGGGCAGAACUUAGUGUACUUUAUUUUUUGUCAGAAGAUGCGAUUGGCAGCAGGAAAGCUCCAAUGGCUGUUGUUUUCAGAGUCAGGGGGCGGUGCUACUUCAACUACCAGGAGCAGAGGAUGUAACAUCUUGUGAGCAACCAAUGAGGACGUUUCUCUUACAAGAGGACGGGAGCUCAGAUCUGCGAAUAAGAUGUCGCCCUCCAACUUGACAGAGAACACCAAGGCGAGGAUUCGACGGGGAGCCGCAGCGGCCCCCGCCGCUUGGAGGGGGAGGGGCCGGCCGCGGGGGUGGCCAGGUUUGGGAUACGCCCCCAUGUGAUGGGGGAAAAAUGAGUAUUCUAGGUUCUAGCGGAAGAGUUAUUGUUCAUCUUUAAGCUUGAAGUAGUUGAUUGUUUUGAUUUUUAAUGAUAAAGAAGAAAAGGUGUUUUUUUAUCCUCAGCUGUAUUAUUUUAAUGCUACGGCUCAUUUCUCAUCGGUUAUUGUAAAAAAUGGAACAUGUCUGCUACGUAUUUAUAGCAGCCGAAAACAUCAGCAUUUGUUUAUACUCUUUAUUUUAUUUUUAUUUAUAUUUUAAGUGUACAGUAUCUUCAGCCCAACGAGCCCGAGCUUCUUGUCGCUCUACCUCAGAUCACUCAACCUGCAUUUACUCAUCUAGCAUCACCUUUGGUUUGAUAUCACAGUCACUUUAUCAACGCUGCUGGAGGACCUGUCAGCUCCAGCUGUGUGAACAUCAGCAGUGUCCAUAACCACAGAUGGGCAACGGUGUGUCGCUCUAUUCUUGAUUUCUAAUUUCUGAUUUGAAAAUAAAAUCGGAAAUUUGGAAGCAAAGACACUUUUUCAGAUUGGUCAAACAAUAGCUGCUUUUUUUUAAACAGAUGUUCUGUAUUGGUGCUAAUUGGACAACACGUGGUACAUUUUUGAAUAGUUAAUGACAAUUCUUCACCAACGGAUUCUUCUCUUUUUUGGUGACAACGAAAAGGAUAAUUUAGAGUUUGGGACUGAACAAGGAAAGUAAUAUUUGGCUUUUGGAAAUACAUGGACGUGUUUCACUAUUUUCUCAUUAGUCACAGCCCUGGUAAAGAACUUACUUCUUAACAAACGGAGUUCGAGCCUUUUGUUAAACCCAAGCGACUAGUUUUGUUGCCAUCGCCACGUAACCAGCCGGCAGUCGAUAGAUUUGGAGGCACUGAGACGCAACGUUGCUCUACUACUUUGUUCCAGUGUCACCACGUGAAGUUUGCACAACGUGCAGACGCUGGAGGAUUGUCAAACCGCAGCCUGCUGGUUAUCUUGCACAUCACUCAUCUUUCAUGACGUCCUGCUACCAGAAUGUAGGGAUUUAGAGAUUUUAGAAUCUAGAGAUACCGCUGAGCUGACAGCGAGGCGCCAUCAAUCUGGCCCAAAAUGAGUCCCCGCAUGGUUCGGACAGCUGAUCGGGUGCUGAGGGGGAGGUGAGGUCACUAGUUGCACACGUGAGGUUUGUCCCCCGACAGCAGUGAUCCUCCGGCGGUGAACUUGCACACGAAGCUUCACAGAGGAUUCAGGGAGAAAUGCAGAAAGAACCGACACCGAGCGCACGCAGUUAUUUACUUUAUUAGCUUGAAAUGUAAAUGCACAUGUGAAUGAUAUUAUAUGGUUUAUGUAUAAAUGGAUCGGCGUAUUUGUUGUGGUUGAUAUGAGGGUUGUCAGUCCUGCAGCUCAUUGGCACUGAGGCAGAAAGAGUUGGGGGUUCAAUUCUCCAGGACUAAAAUAUAAGUAACUUAUUUUUUUCAUACCGGAGUAUGUUUACAUGCACACUGAGACACAAGUUCUCGCUUUAGUUUGAUGUAUUUUUAAAACACGAUGAUGAAGAAACAAAGAGAAACUGGUUGUUAUUCAAGAAAUAUUCAUAUUACCGGUAUUUUAAAAUGAAAUAUUAGAUACAUAUUCUCCAAUCUAAGCUCAUUGCAUCAUGCAUUAAUGUAAUAUUCCCAUAAUGACCACAAAUACAGUUAAUCCUGAUGCUCUUUUACUAGUGAACCACUUUGUUUGUAAACCAGGAUGAGCUUCCUUCAGAUGAGAUGUGAUGAUUGUACCAGCAAAUAGUCCAGAGGGUGUUAGUGUGCAUGUGAACACUUGUAGGUGUUUAACUGAGUUAUUUCAGCCUCAGUGAGACUGUUUCAACAGUGUAAAUAUUGUACAUGGAUUAAAUGUUUGUUGGAAAUUAAAAGAGAACAACACUUGACAUCUGCUUGACAAGUGCUUUUGAAAAGAAA